GAUGCGGUGGCAGAUUGCUGCACAUCCUCGGGGCGCCGGGCUGCCUCUCCCAUUGAUAAAUCUGCACCAGCUAAACCCCAGCGUUACCACGCCUGUUCUGUUUCCCCCCUCCCCUCCCCACCUCACCUCACCUCAACAAAAACAACACGAAACCAACAACCCUCCUCAAGAACAAAACCAAACAAAAAAAAAGAGCUUCUGACAAGAAUGGCUUCAGACCCGUCCUCACCCGUGGUGGAAGAGGGAGUUGAAGACGAGGAGGAUGAAGUGGACAUGAACAUGGAAGAGGCUGAGAAUGGGACCGCUGGGAAAAUCCACACUUCCCGCGGGACCUUGCUCACUCGCCGUGGGAUUACAUUGCGCGUGCUCCUUAAAGACAAAGUUAUCCAGGCUGGAGAAGGGCUGCUCUCUAUUCACUAUUUAGGAAAGACAUUUGUGGGAGAUCUGCUUCCUGAUGGGAAGAUCAGGUGGCAGGAAACCAACCAGAUCUUCAACUCUCCCAGUGCAUGGGCCACACAUUGCAAAAAACUCGUCAACCCGGCCAAGAAGUCAGGCUGUGGCUGGGCCUCCGUGAAGUACAAAGGGCAGAAGCUCGAUCAGUACAAGACCAUGUGGCUGAGGGAGCAGCAGCAGCAGCCACUGCAGACCAUGGAAACAAAUUUGGCCAGUGAAGGAGAAGAUGAGGACAUUCAUGAAGAAGAAGACGUUGAGAAUUGUGGCAGAAAGAACUCUAAACUGAACAAUCAGGUUAAGAAGGUGGAAGAAGAGAACAAGAAGCUGCAAACUAAAAGCCCUCAGGACUCCACUCUGAGAGAUAAUGGACACAGCGUGAAGAAACCUGUCAAAGACCUAGGACCUGUUCGAUAUUCUGAGACCGGGAGCAGAGAUUCUGGAAGGGAUCCUUGCACACUUGUUGAACUUGCAUCGUUCAUAUCUGUGAACAAGUUCCAGCCCUUCAAUGUUGCAAUUUCAAGCAACGUGCUACUAUUGGUGGAUUUUCAUUGCCACCUGACAACCAGUGAGGUAGUUGGCUACCUUGGAGGAAGGUGGGACACAAGCACACAACUAUUGACAAUUCUCCGAGCUUUCCCAUGUCGAAUCCGGCUCUCUGACAAGGAUUCUGCCUCUGCAGUUGAAGAAGAGAUUUGCCAGAGUCUCUUCCUACGGGGAUUAUCGCUGGUUGGUUGGUACCACAGUCACCCAUACGCAAGACCCCUGCCCUCUCUACAAGACAUCGAUUCUCAGAUGGACUACCAGUUAAAACUGCAAGGAACCACUAACAGCUUCCAGCCGUGUCUAGCCCUGAUCUGUGGUCCUUAUCAUCAAGGAAACAGCAAUUUGGAAUCAAAAAUGUCUCCAUUUUGGGUUCUUCCUCCGCCAGAGCAAAAGCCCAAUGAUUAUGGCAUGCCGAUGGAAGUAGAGAUGACCUACGUGCAGGAUACAUUUCUGACCUCUGAUGUCCUUCAUGAAAUGAUGCUGCUCCUGGAGUAUUACAAAACCGCUUCAGACAUUGUAAAGUUCAAAGACAAAUGGAAUGAGCAGACAACAUAUUUAGACAAAGUUAAAGGUUCCUUGGCCAAUAAAACACCAAAGGACCAAAGUUCUUUUAAAGUUCUGGAACACAUUUAUAAUCAGCUGGAGGCCUGCAGUUAGUUAACCUCAGAUGGACCGUUGGCAACACUGAAAAGGAAUAAAACUGG